AUGGGCCGUCUCUGUGCUCAAAAUGACCGCCUUUGUCUGCUGAACAAUCGUGAGGCAACAGUUUUCUCAAAAUUUCCGAAAGUUUGUUUUUUCAAGCCAAAUUUGAAAAAAAACGAAAUUCUCUCUUCGAAUUUUCACUUUUACACGAGCACUCUGCGAUCAUUUUGUAGCUAUCGGUCAUAUGAACAAACGUGAGGCAAAAGUUUUGAAGGAAAACUGUGCAUAAUCGCAAAAACUCGGGAAAACAUAAUUUUCAGUUAACACGGUCUCCAGAGCUGGCGUUUUCAUGAAUUGAGCAGGUUUUCUCUGAUUUUUGUGGUCAAAGGCGAUGAAAAAUGAUUGUUCGACAUGAAAACACACUAAUUCUCGAGAAUUAAUGACGUUUUGGCGCAUUUUUCGCUGAUUUCGCUUUUUCGCCUUCGCCGCCUCAAAAGCGCACUUCUCAUUUUGCGCUUUCUUGACCGUUUUCAGACAGAAUUGGUUUUGAGAAUGAUAAAUCACGUAAAUACAAGCAUUUUGAGCGCUCGAACCGCCAAAAUUACCGAAAAGCAACUGAAAUUCACGCAGUUUUAGCCAAAAACAUUCAAACGGAUAAAUGUGAUUUGCGACUUGACCAAAUUUAACGCUCUUGCGCUUAAAAAAUUCGUAAUAGCCUAUACAAUCGGUCUAUCGAGAGACAAAUGAGAAUUUAUCGAUUUUUCGUGUGGCUAAACUGGCAAAAAACACAAAUUUCGCGCCAAUGUAUCGCUCUAUUGGGCGGGGCGCACUUGCGCCCAUUAUCAGCUCUGGAGACCGUGCUAGUUGAAAAACCGUGUCCCGUAAAUCGACACUGAGAGCCGCACGCAAAAAAAGCGCGCGAUAAUUGUUUUUCGGCCGAAGGGGAGACAGUGACUGGCAAAAUCUUCACUUUUCUACCCCUCGAACUCAACCAAUUGACACCAAACUUUUGAGGUUUCGAUCUAGACCAAGUUAGAGGCCAAUUGGCGGGCGCACUGGACGGUACACAUCUUGUCGAAACCGGUACGUUCCCGGUUGAGCAGUCUAUUCCAGGCGCUUCCAUUCAUUCAACUCGUCUUCUGGUCGUGAGCUCUUCAGAAUCUGUGUGUGUGUGUGUGUGCGACCGAGAAUGAACAAACACUUGAGCACACAAAACAGUCCCCCACCGCCCCUUUUUGCCCAAAAGAGCACAACGCAUCGUCGUCAGUAUUCUGGGUUCUCGAAAAUGGGAACGAUUUAUUGCUGCUCGUUGGCCACUUUUUUCGCAGUUUUCGAGUUGGCAUUGUGCCAAUUCAUGGGCUAUCCGUAUGAUUAUAGCUCCAUGUUCUCAGGUAUGACUUUUUUGCGAAAAUAGGCUGUUUGAGCUUCUGAAGAUCUCUAGCUGCCCGAAUUUUGUCCUAAUCGGUUGUAAACCCAAAUUGUCGGUCAUUCAACACGAUAUAUCUCAUGUGUCAGUGAAGAUACCAAAAAGUUGUCAACAGAUAAAAUGUUCGCAAAGAAAUUCUGAACAUUUUUGUAGUUGACGACUUUUCGAUGUCUUCACAAACAACUGAGAUACAUCGCCUUUAAUAGACGACGACGUUCAUUUUUUGCAGGUUACGCCGGCUACAACCCGAUGAUGAGCAUGAACUCGCUCGGCGGUUCGAUGAUGGGCAUGGGGACCGGCUACGGAGCAUUCGGCACCGGAAUGGAGAGUUUGUACGGUGGCGGCGUGGGACAGCAGGCGGCGUUCAACACGUACAAUCCGUACGGAAACGGCAUGUUCAAUUUCGGUGAGUUGGGCCACCCUAGGUGGCCUAGAAAAAGCUAGGCCACACCACUAAACUAUAGACAAAUUUGAAAAUGUUCAGCGAACAACGGAAUGUUUGGUCAAAACGCCUUCGGCACCGGCUUCAACAAUAACAUUUUUGGGGCAGGCACCCAGAAUGGUGAGCAAACACACUUUGUUUCCAAUGAAAUGUGACACCCCCCACCCAUUAAUGUUUAAUUUCAGGCCUCGGAAUGCAGCAGCAACAACAACAGACACAGCAACAAAUGGGCAACUUUCAGACGACGGCUCAAAAUCAGAUGAGCGCCGUGAACAACGGAAACACGAUGAGAGCGUACGGACGUAGAAGUACUUGUAAACAUUCGGCGAUACGACGGCGCCAUCCAGUAACUCUUGUUUUUCAGCGCAAAACUUCAACAACAACAACAACAAUAACAAUUAUGCGCCGACUCGAGUUGGCCAAGCGUCCAACGGGUGCAACGGGUUCGGAUGUCAACAGCAGCAAGGAUGGAAUGCCAAGACCAAGGUGUAA